AUCUAUGAAUAGCAGCAGAUUGGGGGACACGUAAUCUUGCUACGUAUAGAGUCGAUAACGCGAUCAGUCUAGUCUCGCAGUUCACGCAGUGAACACUGUGGUUCAAACGUAAAUAUUUACGCGUUCCAGUGUAUCCAUCAUCAUCAUGUUUCCAAAAUCGUUGCUCGUCAUUGUUGCAUUCGUGUGCAGCGUGUGUGGCGAGUCCAAAAUAAUGGUUAGCGUGACCAACGAGACGCAGGUGGACCUGCAGACCUACUUGGCGGACCUGCAGGUGGCUGCGGCCUCGGCGCAGUACUCUACGAACUUGAACGCGCGACUAGUUAACAUGCUACAGGAGUUGCUGGCACAGAAGAGGGUUAACUGCAAUUGUUCCGGAGAAAAUUCCAAGCAAGCUUACAGAGAGAAAGCUUUUCCUUUACCCAAUUAUGCGUACGUGGAUAACAGUAGCGUCGGGUUCAAGCUAUACCGGGAGCGACUCACGUGGAACGAGGCGAGGAAGUCGUGCAGAAGGGAAAAGUCCGACCUUGCGGUACCGAGGAGUUUUUUGGAGUAUGAAACGAUGGUUAAAUUGCUGGAACAGCCAAGCUGGCAAGUGAAAUGGAUACCAGCAUUUCUGGGUCUUCACCAUCUGUAUGGAAAGGACGACUGGCUGACUGUUUCGGGUGAACCCGUGCCUCAGUGGAUUAAUCAUAAACAUAACCUUAUUGCAACAGAACGACCGUCAGUAAAUCGCGUGGCGCCAGAUGGUCACUGCACCGCCAUCGAUGGAAAUUUAAAACUCAUGAGUAUAGACUGCAAUACACCGUUUUCGUAUAUUUGCGAAAUUCGACCUUGAAAAGAAACCGACGAUGAUGAAAUGCUAACGUUCGUAUAUUGCUUACGAAUUAUGGUGGGAAUGACAUUCGACGAUUCUAAUAAAAGUUAAUUGAAGCAGCAAUUGCAGCGGUGAAUUAGAGUAUAAAUUGACUGGUCUUUGCUUCCUCAGUGUCCUCGUCAGUGGCCCAAUUGCUUAUUAAUCUAUUUUUCAUUUCUCGGCAUUAAAAAAUGACCAUCACAUUUUGGAAGCAAUAAAAAUUCGAAUCUACUCGCAUCCCA